AUGAGUUAUACUAGAGAUAACAAGAUCAAGAAAGGUGUUUAUGACAAAGAUGCGGCGGCGUCGCACAAGUCGAGGGUGGUGAACUCAUUCAUCAUUACAACUGUCAUGAUUUUAGUCUUGCUUAUGCUAGGCUAUCAUUUCAUAUGGAGUUUCAAAGUCAUUAUUAAUCAGCCAUAUGGCACACUUUUGAACAAUCUUGUUUAUGGUCCAGGUACAUUUUUGGCCAAUGCAGGAUUGAGUUUCAGAUUCUUGCGAUACUUGAACAAGAUCUUGGUAGAGGAUAAAGUCGAUUCAGAUUACAAAAAGUACUUUUAA